GGAACCGGCUUCAUCGUUGACUAGACAUCUACACCCUCCCCUCAUUUGGUAGUCAGGCGUCCGACAUUCCCUUCGAGGACCUGCCCGCAGCAUGAACGUCCUCCCCUCGGCGCCAGCCAAGAUCCCACAUAUCCUCCUUUAUGCGACAGGCAACCAUACCCAUCCUACGACCAAACAUUCCUUGGGACAAUACAUCAUCCCGAGUUUACUCGCUCGGUUUGGACUACCGGGAGAAAGGGAGUUCCUGAGGCUGGAGAGGAAGCACGAUUGUUGGGUCGGUAGUGGGAUGGUGCGGGGUCGAGAAUUAGGUGCUGGGGAUCAGAACGCGGGGUUCAGGUUGACGGUCGCUAAACCUCGCGUCCUGAUGAACAUCAACGGCCGACCACUCCCAUUCCUCCUCCGAACCCUCUCCGCCUCUCAUCCUCCCCCGACCUACGCUCCUCCAACCUUGAUUGCAUUGCACGACAAUCUGACCCUCCACCCGCUUACCGUGGGGAAACCUCGGUUCGGCGUAUCUGCUCAGGGGCACGGUGGUCUAUCCUCUAUCGAGUCCAGCUUGAAGACGAAAGAUUUCUGGAGGCUAGGUCUGGGGAUCGGAAGGGGUGGAAACGCACCUGGCGAUGGAGGGGUAGUCAAAUGGGUCUUGAGCGAGCUGGGGAGGGACGAAAAGGUGUUUUGGGAGGCGGAAGGCGUCGAUCGGGUGGUACAGGUUGUGGAGGAGAUGGUGGACAAGUUGAGACGGGGCGAUGCAGGCAAGGGCAAAGGCAAGAAGUAACGUGGGUUGGGAGAGGACAACGUUUCCCUGGAGGAGUACUUGCCCUGCAUCGGAUUCGGCUCGAAUUUCGCUCCACUCACGGAUGGAGUGUUCAUCCUUUACCGACUCCUCCAACUGCAGCCCGCAAAUCGAGGGAUAAGACCUGAGGCUC